UGCGGACGGGGGCUGAACGGGGCCAAAUCGCGUCGCGAAGGGCUGGGGAACUACGAUGAGCGGCCCGUGCGGGAAAGCGGGUCUGGAGACAGGAAAUAUUUUCACGGAACCAGUUGGUUUCAUAGAAUCGUGUUUCUCGGCAAAGAAUGGUACUCCAAGGCAGCCAUCUGUUUGCAGUUCGUCCCGGGCUUGUUUGAGGAUAAGAAAGGAUAUCUUUAACAAUCCCGAGCAUUCCCUAAUGGGUUUGGAACAGUUUUCACAUGUUUGGAUUUUGUUUGUUUUUCAUAAAAACGGUCAUCUGAGUAGGAAGGCGAAAGUCCAGCCUCCUAGACUAAACGGAGCCAAGACUGGAGUCUUCUCCACAAGGAGUCCCCAUCGUCCCAAUGCGAUAGGACUGACUCUUGCAAAGCUGGAAAAGGUUGAAGGUGGAGUCUUAUAUCUCUCUGGAAUUGAUAUGAUAAAUGACACCCCGGUCCUUGAUGUAAAGCCAUACAUAGCCGAGUACGAUUCACCAAAGAAUGUGUUUAAGCCUUCAGGUGAAUUUAAUGUACCAGAUGAACAAUGCAAGCAGAAAAAUUGGCCCCAGCCUGAGAACAUCACCAGAAACUCUGAUCUGGGACAAAUAGCAGUGGGCAGAGACCCAUCUCUCCCCUGUAACACUGAAGAGAAACCCAGGAUAGCAGAAGAAAGCGAUGCAAAAUGUGACGGCUCUGCAAAAACGAUACCACACGUGUCGAAACGCAGUGGCCCAACAGCAGCUCUUGCGUUAGAAACAAGUAGUAACCCGAGCGCAGAGGUGGCUGAAGCACGAAUUAAUGAGCAUCCGCUGAAGGGUGGUAUUUCAAAUACAGAUCUCAGUAAUCCGUCACGCCAUAAUGGGGAGAGGGCCGAGGACGGUGAGGCCUCUUUAGAAAAGAGCUUGGAGACUCAAUUCUUGGAGCUUUCCAGCAUUUCCAGUGUGCCAUCCUGGGUGUCAGACCCCUUUGUAGCUAGUCUCCAUGUGCGCUUUACUCCUCAUGCAGAAAUGGAUCUUGAACACUUUAACUCGGGAGCUGAUAAAGAUGGUAGUAAAGUCCCAUUCAAGUAUUUUCGUUCAGUACAGGAAGCAAAGCAUGCCAUUACCGUCAUAUUAUCUGCUGACCCUCGAUCCGUCUACCGGCGGAAACAUUGUCAAGAUCGUCUCUUCUAUUUCACUAUGGACAGAGCCCAUAUCACUUGCUGGUUUGGAGAUGGAUUUGCCGAAGUGCUGAGGAUCAAACCUACGGAGCCUGUCGCAGGUGGCGUCGGUGGUGCCUGCUCGACGUCCUUUUGAAAUCUGUUCGGCGUUACUCGCUCCCCGUAAUGUUCAAAAAACCGGUAGUCCGCCAACCAGUUGAGCACAGUUAGAAGCAAUAUAUACUGGAAACUGCCUGGGUGAGACCUCAUCUAUCGACUUUAUUCGGGAUGUGAAUUCUCUGCCAGCUCUCGGUAUUUUAAAUAAUAGGGCUGACUUCCCUCUGGAAGUCAGUCAGUCCGUCGGUGAUAUUGAUUGAGCGUUCACUGUGGGCCGAGCCCUGCGCUAAGUGCUUGGGAGAGUACAGUCCAACAGAAUAGGAGACAUGUUCCCUGCCCACAAGGAGCUUACAGUCUAAAGGGGGAGGACAUCAAACAGGGUUACUUAUACAGUCCUCCUUUGAAGACAGACUGGAGCCUUCUCUGCAGUGAGGCAGGACUCCUUUCGGAUCCCGACACUUUUAAAUUCCCUUGUUCAGACUUAUUACAGGGAGAGAAAAAAAUAACAUCAAGCAAUCCAAAUGGGAGGUAUCAAACUAAGCAAAGUAACUUCAUGAUUCUCCGUCGUAGGCUUUCCCAAAAUGAUGGUGGUUUCCAGAGGUCCAUUCAAUCCGUCACUGGCAAUUACUGAGCGUCAAGCACUAUGCUAAGCCCUUGUGAGAGUACAACAGAAGCCGUUACCUCCAGAUUGUAAACUCAUGGGCAGGGAACAUGUCUACCAACUCUACUGUCAAGAGCUCCAUACAGGGCAGUACACAGGGUAAGCGCUCAAUAAAUACCAUUGAUUGACUGAUUGAAGAUACACGUUCCCUGCCCUAAAGGAACUCUCAAUCAAAUGGUGGAGACCGGCAGGCGUAAAUGAUUUAUGAAUAGUACGCGUAGGAGGAAGAAUGGGGGUAGAACGGGGAGUAAUGCAAAAAUACGAAAGAAUGAAAUAAUUUAUCCAGCUAAUUGAGUACGCAUGCGUUCACAAGUGUUGAGGUUGGGAAUAAAAUACAAGCGCACCCUCGGUUCCCAUGGGCCCCCAACGUUACAAUCCCUCUAGACUGUUAGCUGUCUACCACCUCUGUUAGACUCUCCCAAGUGCUCUGUACAGUCCUCCUUUGAAGGAGUAAAUCCUUUGCAGUAAAUGCUAAAUAAAUACAAUUGAUUGAUUGACGCGUCAUGUGCUGAUUGCCAAUGUAGCCCAGGAUCCGAAAGCCCCGUCAGACACCGCGUCCGGUAAGUGUGGAGACUUCAUUUCCGUUCCCCACCCCUCUCCCUCUCUUGCCCUGUUCUGGCUCUGCGCUGUUUAGAGCAGUUUUCUUCCCCUUCCACACUCCUAGCUGGGCCCCUCCAUCCCCUGUCUAGCCCCUCCACUCCCCCCCGAAUCUCCUUCGUUUAAAAAAGAAAGAAAAAAAAGGCAUCUGAGCCUUGUUGGAGAUGGACUGAUAAACUCACCAGCAGACAAGGGGGCUUGGCUAAGUCCCCUCCAGCCCCCACCCAGCAGCCUCAGGGAGGGAGAGAAGAGAAGGGAGGGGCACAAGGAUGAACAACAUAUUGCAGGCUAAGGAGAAGGGGCGGAGAGUCUCAAAGCCAAUUGCGAGGAGUUAUUUAGUCAACGUGGCAGAUGGCUAGCUAUCGUGUGAUCUGGAUCUUUUUCAAUGAUCCUUUCUAAGGGAGGCCAGGAGAACGUAUUCAUUUUAGAUGACUGAAAUUUUUUGCUUUACCUUUGAGCCUGAAGAGAACCUGAUCACCUGUGUUGGGGUUAGGUGGUUUUCCUGUCUUCCUGCCUCCUGAGAAUCCACAAGGCCAUCCAUCUCUGCGUUGGAUCUUGGAGCAGGACGAGCUGUACCGGAGCCACAUUUCCAACAGGAACUCCUUUGAAAUGCUCUCAUGUCAACAGAGGAAAAAUCAGCAAAAGAAAUUGAUUCAUGGCCAGGAGUAUACAUGGCCGGCAGGCAGGCAAAAAAAGUAAUAUCACAGCCUGAUCAUGAGAAGUUAUAUCUGCUUAUUUUAACCGGAGAAAACGCAUACUUCCCUAGCACGCGAGGUUGUGUUUUGAUAAUCAAAUUGGAAUGACUUUGUACUUGAUUGAUCAUGCUUUGAAAUGCGAUUUUACUGGUUCCGUUGGUUACUGGCACAAAGCCACAUGCCUAAUGAUUUUAUACUGGGCUGCAUGCCACUAGUUGAAUGCUUCAAGUUAUCCUGCUGCUGUCGUGGAUGUUGUCUUUGUGAGUAAUUGAAAUAACUUCUUUUUCACGGAUCCUCAGGCCCCGUGGUCCCUUUCUCCUAUAACACUUAUUUGCCACUCAAAAUUCUUAACAAUUCAGCUCUUCCUCCCCAAUUUUGACUGUACCGUCUAGAAUGAAUGUAUUUGCUGAGGAAGUCAAUGUUCUCAUUUGAGAUUUGAUCUGACUUGGUUUCCCUGUGAAGUUUAUCCACCCCAAGACUUGAAUGGACCGUGCAGUCUUUCCCUGUGGCUCAUGAGGAAGCUUGGAUCAUCAUCGUGCACCUACGACCCCUUCACAGAUUCAGAAAUUUGUAUUGCCUUUGGUCCAGUACAAGUAUAAGCAGCUUUUUCUCCUGGCAACUUUUUUAAAAUCAAAGAAGCAAAUUAUGCCGUGAGCCGUUCUCCCACUGUGUCAUCCUGAGACUCCAUUCCCAGCCUGUCUUGCCAAGGCAGAGUUGGGAGAGACUGAAUCAGGAUUGCCACAAAUUGGAAAACAGUGGGGAAAGCAGUCGCUGUUGUAACUACUGGACUCCGGACAGCCCUGCCUGUGGCGUGAGGAGCCUGGAAAUUAAUCCUUCGACCGCAGCGUUCUCGAGCUCUUAUAGGGUUCGUUAUUCUUGUGUGCUUCUGUUAUUCCGUCUCUCCUCAGGUGCCUGUCCUCAGCCUUCCACCCUCCAUUUUAGAUUGUGAGCCCCUGAAGGCUGAGUCUUAUUUAUCUUUUACUGUAUUCUUCCCCAGGACUUAAGCAUCCUGUAGCCACUCAAUAAAUUAGAAUGAUUAAAUGAA